CGUAAUUUCAAGGAACACAGAUUUGGGGCGAGGAUUUCCCUAUUUUGCUAUGAUUUAGAAACAACAAGGUGCGCAUUGGAGAACUGCAAUUCAGUCUCACUUCUCAGGCUGGCACUGAGAGUAGUGGACAAGAUGAUGAUGACUUGGAGAAUGGGUUUUCCAAGUUUGGAACUUCAACUACUUCUGAUCUCUUUAAUGAAAGCCAUUCAUGAAAAUGAGGAUGAUUUAACUGUGAAUCAGAACUCUCUGAAGAGGACGCUGGUAAUAUCGGGGAGGCCAAACCUCAAAAUGAGCUGGAGGUAUCUGGUGUUGAGACUGAUGAUGGAAAGAGAGCUCUGCAGUAAACAACUUUCUUCCGUAUUGUGCAAGGCCAUUUUGGCUGCUCCAGCUUUAUCUGUUCAUAAGCUUGUAGACCACUGGAUUGAAGAAGGAAACGAAGUAACUCGAUCAGUAAUAGCAUCAACCAUGUUCCAUCUGCACAAGAGACGGAUGUUUCAAAGUGCUUUAGAGUUCUCAGAAUGGUUGGAGUUGGAAGGCCACGAGUUUGGUGAGAGAGAUUUUGCUUCUCGUGUUGAUUUGAUUGCCAAAGUGCAUGGUCUUCAGAAGACAGAAAGUUAUAUUGCAAACAUCCCAAAAUCCUUCCAAGGUGAAGUUGUUUAUCGUACACUAUUAGCCAAUUGUGUUCCUGUAGCAAACGUGAAGAAAGCUGAGGAGGUUUUCAAUAAGAUGGAAGGAUCUGGGAUUCCCAAUUACAAACAUUGCUUGUAAUCAGUUGCUUUUUUU